AUGCAUCCGAGAAAUCACAGCACCGUAACUGAGUUCAUUCUUCUUGGACUCUCGAAUGACCCCUCAACACAAAUCUUACUCUUCCAAAUUUUCUUGAUAAUCUACAUGGCCACCUUGGCGGGUAACUUUUUACUGAUACUAGCCGUGAGAACAGACGGUCGCCUCCACAAUUCCAUGUAUUUUUUUCUGUCCAGCCUCUCAUUUUUGGACAUCUGCUAUACCUCUAUCAUAGUACCCAAGAUGCUGGUGAACUUUCUUGCAUCGAAGAAGACUAUUUCUUUCACUGGCUGCGCCCUACAGGUUUAUUUUUAUCUCUUCUUGGGUGAGACUGAAUGUGUCCUUCUGGCCUUCAUGGCCUAUGAUCGGUUUGUUGCCAUAUGCAACCCUCUACGGUACAAUGCAAUUAUGAAAACUGAGGUGUGCACCUGGAUGAUCGGUGCGUCAUGGUCAACCGGAUGCAUCAUCUCAUCCAUGGACAUGUACUUUACUUAUCGUUUAACUUAUUGUGGUCCAAACAUAAUCGACCACUUCUUCUGUGAGGUCCCUUUGUUACUGCAGCUCUCAUGUACCGAUAUCUCAGUCAAUAACAUUAUCAAGCUGGUGGGGGGCACCGCGCUGCUCUGUAUCCCUCUUACUUUAAUAUUGAUUUCCUAUUUUAAGAUCUUUGCUGCCAUAGUCAGGAUCCACUCUGGAAGAUACAAAGCUUUUUCUACUUGUAUAUCUCACCUAGUGGUGGUGACCAUUUUCUAUGGGACAGCUAUGUUCAUGUACAUUCGUCCCAAGCACUUAGCGACUAAAGAUACAGAUAAGUUGGUGGCGGUCUUCUACACAGUGAUUACCCCAACAUUAAACCCUGUAAUCUAUAGCCUGAGAAAUAAAGAUGUACAAAGAGCCAUGAGGCGGCUGGUAGGACCUGCUGCUUGUAACCCAAACCGGUGA